CUCCCGUCAGGAAGUCGAAGACUGAAGACGUUUUCCUGACCCGGAUGUACUCCUGAUCUGUAAACUAACAUGGCGCAGCACGCAGGUAAUGGUGAUUCUGUUGUAGAAGAAAUUCCAGACCUUUCAGAGAGUGAUGAAGAUGAGAAUCUGUGGGAAGAUGAGGAUACCAGUUCUGAAGAAAAAGUUUGCUGUCUCUUCUGUGAACAAUUUUGUGAUUCUGUUAAAGAAACAUUUUUUCAUUGUAAAUCUCAUCAUCUGAUCGAUAUUGGCAGUGUGAUUCGUAAGCACAAUCUUGAUGAUUAUGGCUAUAUCAAACUAAUCAAUUUCAUCAGAGCUACAAAGUGCACGGCAGAGAAGUUUCUGUCCAUCUCAAGUACAGAUCUGUGGGAGAAGGAAGAAUAUAUGAUACCUACUUUAAGAGAUGAUCCACUGCUUCAGUUUGAUAUUGAGGAAUUAUGGGAAGCUGAAUUGAUGGACUGUCAUAUCUCUAACCAAGUAAAUGAAGGAGCUUCAUCAGAUUCUAUGCUACUUAAACAACUACAACAGGCAAAAGAUAGAGCUUCUAAGGCUGAGGAAGAAUUACAAAGGGCUUUGAAUGAUCUUCAUAAAGUAAAACAAUUUGCUCAGAAUCUUGUGAUGAACGCAGAUGUCAAGCUACAUACUUCAACUGGAGGCCCUAUUGCAGAGCUUCGAGAAGACGAAGAUGAUGUUUAUUUUAGCUCAUAUGGGCACUACGGAAUCCACGAGGAGAUGCUGAAGGACAAAGUUCGUACAGAGAGCUACAGGGAUUUCAUGUUCCUCAACCCAGAUGUCUUCAAGGGCAAGGUUGUUCUAGAUGUUGGCUGUGGAACUGGAAUUCUUUCUAUGUUUGCUGCCAAGGCUGGAGCCAAACAAGUAAUAGGUGUUGAUCAGUCUGAUGUCAUCUACCAGGCAAUUGAUAUUGUUAGGUCAAACCAUCUUGAUGGAAUUAUUACAUUACUUAAAGGUCGAAUUGAAGAUGUUGACUUACCAGUUGAGAAAGUUGAUAUUAUUAUUUCAGAGUGGAUGGGCUAUUUUCUCCUAUUUGAAUCUAUGCUGGACUCUGUCCUUUCUGCAAGAGACAAAUAUCUAGCAAAUGGUGGCUCAGUAUACCCUGACCUGUGCAACAUCACCCUAGCUGCAGUUUGCGAUAAGCAGAAACACGACGGCAGGAUAGCUUUCUGGGAUGAUGUGUAUGGAUUUCAGAUGACCUGCAUAAAGAAAGCUGUAAUCACUGAGGCUGUGGUAGAGGUGUUAAAUCCCGAGAGUCUAAUUUCAGACACUUGCAUUAUCUGUAAUAUCAACUGCAACAAAAUCACUAUUCCAGAGCUGGAAUUUUCUUCUGAUUUUUGCUUAAAAAUUACCAGAGGGUGCCUUUGCACAGCAAUUGUUGGAUAUUUUGACAUAUUCUUUGAAAAGAACUGCAUGAGCAAGGUAAUGUUUUCCACUGGCCCUCAGAACCCUCGAACUCACUGGAAACAAACUGUUUUCUAUUUGGAGCACCCUAUUGAAGUCAAACAAGGUGAAACAUUGCAGGGGAAAAUAGAAGUUCGGAAGAACCGAAAGGAUCCCCGCUCCCUUAUCAUCACACUCUGCUUGAACAACGUAAAGCAGACUUACAUUCUGCAAUAGAAAUUAUAUCAUUUCACAUGUAUUUUUUUUAAUCCAAUAAUGUAAUAAAAUUCCCUUCAUUUUGUAACUCAA